AUGCCACCUCCAUUCCCAAACUUAGACGAACUUAACCAAAUGAACUAUUUUACCACCUCUCAACCGGCUACUUCUGAACCUCUCACCCACCUAGUCACUCAAAAUGCUCCUCUCUUGUUUACAGCUACUUCUUCAAAGGCUCAGUACAUACCGCCGGCACAUCAUGUUACCAAUACACAUCAAGUUCCGCCGGUAUAUACUUAUGCCACAGCUCCGCCAUUGACACAAACCCAAGGGCUAUGUCACGCAGAUGUUGAUCAUUAUGUCGAAGUCGAAAAGGAGACAAGGGCAGUUAAUGAUGAAAUGAUAAAUAGAAAGCUCAAAAGUUUGGAGGAGGCUAUGAGAAGUUUGCGUGGACUCGGUAGUAACCAAAGCGUGAGAUAUGAAGAAUUGUGUGCAUUUCCUGAGGUGGAAUUGCCACCAGGUUACAAGAUUCCGAAAUUUGAGAAGUUUGAUGGGUCGGGAAAUCCUUUCUUCCAUUUGAAGGUCUAUUGCGAAAAGUUGAUUGGCGUAGGGAAGAAUGAAGGGAUAAGAGUCAAACUAUUUAAUCAAAGUUUAAGUGGGAAAGCUUUGGAAUGGUAUUCAGCAAGACACAACCAAAUGGCGUACUUGGGAUGA